AUGUCCAAGAUAGACGAGCCCAAUAUCGAAUCCACGCCAUCCCCCAAGGCUCCAUCUGAAAAGCCACAGCCAAAAUCAACAAUGGACUCAAAGCAAGGUCCCACUCCAUUAGCGACACCAACUUCAACGCCAACCGCGACCAGAAAUUCGUCACCCGCCGGUAUGACUACACCGAUGCCCACUUCAACGUCCAUUCCGUCGCCCAUUGCACCACCUACGCCAACUGGUACCCCAGCACGCUCAAAGCGCACAGAUAACUGUCCAAGGUGUGGUGCAAAGGACUUUCUGGCUGCGUGUCUCCAGUGUUCGUACAAUACAGGCAUUGGAUUGUAG